CACCAGGGCGAGGGGGAGGAGGAGGUGGUUGUGGCGGCGGAGCAGGAGGGACAGGAUGGGAGGCAGGAGGUCCCCAGCAGCGCGGACGGCACCCCGGCGCCCGACGCCGCCGAGCCCAGCGGCAGCCGCGGCAGCAACACGCCGCCGGCCUCGGCGGCUGCCAGCCUCCAGGAGGCGGAUGCUCCUGCGGCCGGCAGCCGGCCGCCCGCGCACGCCGGGGCCCACGCGGGGAACAGCAGCGGCGGUGGGAGCGAUGACGGGCAGGAGGAGGAAACCACCAGCCCACGCAGCCGCGAGAGAGGCAGGCGGCGGGCCGCGGGCGACAGCCAGGCGUUUGGCGUGCGCCGGUCGAGCCGCAGGCGGGCAGCAGCGCCAGCGUCAGCGGCCGUGGGGGCGGUGGGCGCAGUGUCAGGCGAGCCAAGCGAGGCUGCCCGGGAUAUAGGUGCGCCCCAGGAGCAGCCAAACGGGCUGCAGCAGGAGCCCACACAGCAGCCGCAGCAGCAGCAGCAGCAGCAGCAACAGCAGGAAGGGGAGCAGCAGCCCCUCAAAACAGAUCGGCAGCGGCCGCCGCGCCGCGCGCCGUGCGCAGGCGCUGUCGGCGGCGCGGCCCAGGGCCCGGACAUGCGCCUGCUGGACUGCGGUCCCACCCUUGUGCUCUUCGACCCGGACCCAGAAAAGACGCGCCACCCGCACACGUGGCGCAGCAUCGGCGCCCCCCUGCCCUGCAGCGUCCGCUGGGGCGGCGUCGGGCCGGUCGGGGCCGCAGACGUGUCUCUGAUGCAGGCGCUGGCGAUGGCACCACGCAACGGUAGCCUGUUCUUUCGAAAGCUGGACCUCGCGCCGGCUGAGGUGGAGCGGGCGCUGCUGCCGCGGCUGGAGCGGCUGUGGGCGGGCGCGCCGCUGCCGGAGCGCCCGCGGCGGGACGCGAGGUGA